AAAAUCAAAUCUUCCUUUAGAUUUAAGCGUCAAAAACAAAAGAUUGAGGGAAUAUAUCUUUGGUUUUUUUUUUUUUCUUUUUUUUUGGUUUAGAAUAUUUUCAAUUAGAUUUUUUUCAAGAUUUUGGAAUCAUGAACUCUCGUUGUGCUGCUUGCAAGUAUUUGAGAAGAAGGUGUCCUUCAGAUUGCAUUUUCUCUCCUUAUUUUCCUCCUAAUGAUCCUCAAAGAUUUGCUUGCAUUCAUCGAAUCUAUGGUGCUAGCAAUGUCGCAAGAAUGCUUCAGCAACUGCCGGAAAAUCAACGAGCAUCCGCGGUGGAUUGCUUAUACUAUGAGGCACAAUGUCGAGUUCAAGAUCCUGUUUACGGCUGCGCUGGAAUCAUUUCUCUUCUUUACCAGCAAAUACAUAAUGCAGAAACUGAGAUUGCCAAGACACAAGCCCAGAUUGCCUUGCUCAUUGAUUCUAACACACAGGAGCAACAAGUUUAUCUCCACCAGAAUAUUGAAGUUGAAUCCGAUUUGAACAUUUUAUUGCAAGAACAAGGGGACGAAUUUUCCCUCCUUGGUCCUCCCAAUCAAGCUUCUUCUGGAUUUAUCUAAGAUAUAUUGUUUUGUUCCAACAAAUAAAUAAAUUUUCCAUUCUUUAAAAGGUGAAUAAUUUAAUGCUCUGUUUGGCAACUUGAAUUUGACGGUGUGUAUUUGAAUUUGGAGUGCUCAAAUUCAAUUUCAUUGUUUGUUUUUACUUAAAUAAAAUGUAAUUGAAUUU